GAUUUGAGGGCUUUCAUUUGGGUUUCAUCGAGGGCAUUAAAAUGUGGAAAUUGCUUGCGCUCUUUCUUCUUGUACAAUUGGCAUUUAACACCGAAAUUGUCGUCGGGGUAAGUCAAUCUUUUGUCACCGGCAACAGCAGCUACAAUCCGAAGUAUUUUAAGAACUUCACGAUAACCAUAGCUAACAACACAAUGAAUAUGGACAUGCACCUGAACCGACCCAUUCAGAGGGGUUUCAAGGCCCAUGUCGACAUUCUGCUACGUCUGGCCAACGCCAAGAACUUUCAGUCCAUGUUCAACCAGAAGAGCGACGUGUGCGCCGUAACAUCCAGUGUCAAGAACAGCCUGUUCAAGAGCUGGUUCAAGGAUAUGAGCAAGAACAGUAACUUCAUGUACAACUGUCCGGUGGAGGUGGGUCACUACUACAUGCACGACUGGCGCAUGGGGAGCUCGAUGACCCACAAGUUCCUUAUUCCUGGCGAGUAUCGCGGCAAACUCACCUUCUUCUACGGCAAGUUCGGAACCAAGUCAUUCGAGGAAGCACUGAGCCUGACGAUCGACGCCAUCCUGUCCAACUAGCCCAAUGACACCUGGCGUUACGCGUAGAUUUAGACUACUGCUCCCAGAUCAUUCACCAGUGUGAAUCAACUACUAAAGG